AAUAUCUGGAGGAGAAUCAGCUGAACUGAGAUCUGCUGCUGUGAAGAUGGUGUUUGUUAAAGAGGAGAGUGAGGAGAACACGAGUGAACCAGAACCCUGGAGAAUAAAACAGGAACCAGAAAUCUUGGAAAUAAAACAGGAGGAAACAGAAACCAUGGAAAUAAAACAGGAGGAAACAGAAACCAUGGAGAUAAAACUGGAGGAACCAGAACCCUUGGGAAUAAAACAGGAGGAUCAAGGAGAGUUCAUUGAAGAAAAAGUGGAGAAUGAAGAAUCAAAUGAGGUUGAAGAAAAAAUCAUGUCAAAACUGGAAGAAAACCUUUGAGUUGCUCUCAAACCAAACAGAAAGAUUUAAAGAAAAGAAGAGCCAAUACAUCUUUCACUUGCACUCAGUGUGGAAAGAGUUUCACACACAAAAGAAAUUUUGAGCGUCACAUGAGAAUUCAUACUGGAGAGAAACCGUACACUUGUGAUCAAUGUGGGAAGAGUUUCACACAAUCAGCACACCUUAAGGUACACAUUAUGAAUAUCCACACUGGAGAGAAGCAGCAUGUAUGCGAUCAGUGCGGUAAAACAUUUUUAUGGGCUUCAUUUCUAAAGAAACACUUGAAAGAUCAUGCAAAGGAGAAGCCACAUUCAUGCCAUUUGUGUGGAAAGAGUUUUUUGUGUCUACAACAUUUGAAAGUACAUCAGAAAAUACAUACUGCUGUGGAAGAGUACAUGUGCUUUGAGUGUGAAAAGACUUUUACUUCAGCAAACUGUUUAAAACUGCAUGAGAGGAUUCACACUGGAGAAAAACCUUAUAAGUGUUCACACUGUGACAAGAGAUUCACUCAGUCAGGAAUCCUGAAAAUACAUGAGAGGAUCCACACUGGAGAGAAACCUUAUGAGUGUUCACACUGUGACAAGAGAUUCAAUCAUUCAUCACAUUUGAAAACACAUGAGAGGAUCCACACUGGAGAGAAACCAUAUAAGUGUUCACACUGUGACAAGAGAUUCAAUCAUUCAACGCAUCUGAAAACACAUGAGAUGAUCCACACUGGAGAGAAACCUUAUAAGUGUUCACACUGUGACAAGGGAUUCAAAAAGUCAGGAGACCUGAAAACACAUGAGAGGAUCCACACUGGAGAGAAACGUUAUAAGUGUUCUCAUUGUGACAAGGGAUUCAGUCAGUUACCAAAUCUGAAAACACAUGAAAGGAUCCACACUGGAGAGAAACCUUAUAAGUGUUCUCACUGUGACAAGGGAUUCAAUCAGUCAACAAACUUAAAAAGACAUGAGAGGAUCCACGCUGGAGAAUAAUUAUAUCACUGCACUGCACAUGGGAAGCGUUUCAUUCAAUCAUCUGUUAUACAUAGUUAUACAAAAAAAUUCACAUGGAGACACGUUUAGCUGUAUAUGUAAAUAUUUAGCAUCACAUCCGGCGUUUUGGGAGCCUGAAAACACUGUUUUUUGAAACUGGGUCUUAGAGUGGAUGAGUCUGAAAAAUUACACUUUUGUUUUUUCGUGUGUACAGUCAAUCCGUAUAUUUUGUGAAACUAUGUCAUGACUACUUUAAAAUAACACCCACUUGAGGGAAAAAUUAAUGAAUUUGUUAACAUAUUUUGAAACAUGCUUUUUUAAAAGACAAGAGUUUUGGUAACAGGACUGAGAAAAAAAUAUAUCAAUCUUUCAUUUAUAAACCAUACAAAAAAAAAUUAAUAAAGUAACCUGAGAAUGACCCAUACAGAUUUUGAUAAAUAUGU